AGAGGGAGGAGAGCCGGCACAGUGAGCAGGGCGAUUUCCUCGGCGUCAGUGAGCUCGUCUUUCUGAACAGCGAUGCGUCUUCUUCCUUCUCCCUGUCACCCUUUCCCGCAUGUCCCUCGUUUGCCACGAUUGGCCCGCUUCGUAUAUCCUCCUUCUCGAAUCGAAAUACCUUCUCAACGAUAGAGCGGAGGAACGACGGUACCUCUGGAGCAGAAUGUCGUACGAUUCCUAGACAACUUCUCAGCUGGCACUCGCGGAGCCACUUCAGCAGAGUACUUUCUCUCGCAAGGCUACGCAGUCAUAUUCAUGCACCGGCAACACUCCCUCUCUCCCUACACACGGCAUUACUCGCACACAACCAAUCCCUUUCUGGACCUACUGGAAGACCCAAGCAUAUCUCUCGACUCAGAGCAGACGUCCCAGACCGCAUCCUCGUCCUCAUCCUCCAUCCGUGUAAACGAAGCAGCCGUCGAAGGGCUACGUCCUGUCCUGCAGUCCUACCUCUCUCACGCUCGCUCUCCAGAGCAAGGGGGUCAAGGCACCCUGCUCCGUCUUCCCUUUGUGACGGUGAAUGAGUACCUCUUCUUGCUGAGGGAGAUGAGCGCGGCAAUGGGCCCGCUCAAGAGGAGGGGAAUGUACUACCUCGCGGCAGCCGUGAGCGACUUUUUCGUGCCGAACCAGAGGACGCCACAACACAAGAUCCAAUCCUCCAAAGGCUCCCUCGUAAUCGAGAUGGACCAAGUUCCCAAGGUCCUCCGUCCAAUGGUCCAAUCCUGGGCUCCUGCAGCCUUCAUCGUCUCUUUUAAACUCGAGACGGAUGCUGACAUUCUAAUUCCAAAAGCAGAGGGAGCAUUGGAGAGGUAUGGGCAUCAAGUCGUCGUGGCGAAUGAUUUGGCGAGGAGGAAAGAGGAAGUCUGUUUUGUUAGUCGCAAGAUUGGACAUGGAAAGGUGGACGGGAAUGGGACGUAUGAGGCGAAAUGGCUGCGCCUGGCCAAGGGGGAGAAGAAUGAGGCGGGAGGAGUCAAGGAGAUUGAGGAGGACAUUGUUGCUGAGCUCUUGAAGCGGCAUCAGGCUUGGAUUGAAGAGGGCGAGAGCCGCGGGGAGUAGGAAAAGGGCGACAGCCCACCUCGGGUAAGAGAUUGUAGAGGUCGCUGGCUUUCCGUACACUACAUGUACCCGCAAAAUAAUUCGUAGCAACAGCAGGAAUAGAGAAUUCUAGAGAAAGAAUCCCGCG